AUGACCUCGCGUAAACCUAUCGACGAAGACGAUGACUUGAACGUAAGCAAUGGACGAGUGUCACCAUCGUCUGGAACAGAUGGCAAAAAGUUAAGUUACUAUAAGGUGCGAACUACUGGAGGGUAUGAAAAGAAUGCAGAACAAUUGCAGGCACCAGCGGGGGAGCAGAAAAAGACGAAGAAACGGUCCGGGAGUGGAAGUAGCUUCAUUCAACCUCUUAUUGACAGUAUAAGGCGUCGUAUGAGCGGUAGUAACAGCAACUUAAGAGAAGGAGAGGAUGAAGAGGGUGCACAGAAGGACAGCAAAGAGAAGUAUAUUGAAGAUAAACAGUGCUACCAACUUUUGAUCUCGGGCUCAAUGAGCUGCGUCAUGAAUACAAAUACGAGAAUAGCUUCUCUGAUAUUUUGGUACAUCUACCGCUUCGAGGUUAAUUUUGGUGAAGAAGUGUUGUGCACACAAUUGCCAAUUGGUGUGCACACAGGAACAGUCGGUAUUCAUAAGCGGCCCGAGAUUUCGCAUAUGCAUUCCGAGGACGCCCAGCCUGAGCCAAAAAUCGAUCAAAUGAUUGGAUUCAGUUAA